AUGGCGCAGAAUGUCCUGUCUGAAUAUUAUGGCCAACAAUACCAGCAGUCCAUGGACCCGAGCCGGUCUAUGGACACAUUCAUGCAACAGGACCUGGUGCCAGACAUGGUGCCAGGCAUGGUAGACACCACGAUGGUCGGUGAAGAAGGCCAAACAUUGGAUCAGAUCAUCAGCCAGAACGAAUUAGAAUUGCAGAGGCGACGGUCAACGUUGAACUCAGCAUAUCAACCGAAUGGGGACGAGGAAGCAGAUGCACAGCGGUCAUCGAUGCUCGACUUCGCCUCGUCCAAACAUCCUGACCGGCCGAAUUUUCAGUUUGAUCCAAGUCCACCUCACCCUGCUAUGUCAGGUCCGCUGGCCGAGACCGGGCAGUCUCAGAAGACGUCAGAUCCCCGAAAGUUAAGAUCGCGAGAAAGUCUAGCUCUCGAUACACGCUUCAACCGCAUGAACCCUGCUUUUGGCAGUAUUUCCAGCUACUCUCCAGCCAUGAUGAGUAGCACCCCUCUCGAUCUCGAUCACUCGGCCCAGUUUCUCUCCAACAUGGAGAUUCCCAUGGGCUUCGAUGGUGUCAGCGGUGAUCGACCUGCCAUGAAUGUCCAACCGCAGAUAGAACAGCAGCCACAACAAGCCAUAUUCCCUGCUUCUCCCACGCAUCAAACCUUUUCACCAAUGUUCCAGAACAUGGGCCAAGACUCCCCUGCAGGUCGUGGUGCAUCUAUGGACCAAUCAUUGAUGGACAGAGUCUCGCGCAUGAGGAUGCCAGAUGCUAUACAAAACAUACCUGUAAUGAAAACCCAGGGCACAGAGCCACGCAGUAUCAUGCCAACAACCAGAGGAUCUGGCAUAUCGGCAAUGGCGUCACCCGCACAUCCGCCACCAUCGACCGCACCUCCAAACGUCAAUGCGCGCAUCAGGAGUCCAUACGGCAACGGCAUAUCUAACGGCGCUGCGAAUGAGGUCGCAGAUCACGGUCUAGGAAAACCUCCGCAGCCUCAAUUCGUUAACAUUUACUCCGCCAGCGGUUUCGACAUGUUGGGUGUUUUGAUGCGAGUCGCGGCAAGACCAAAACCGGAGAUCAACAUCGGACCAGUGGAUUUGUCCUGUGCAUUCGUGGUGUGCGAUAUCAGUCUACCCGACAUGCCGAUCGUAUAUUGCUCAGACGUGUUUGAACGGCUUACGGCCUAUUCGAAUCAGGAGAUUGUUGGGCGGAAUUGUCGAUUUCUUCAAGCUCCAGAUGGGAAAGUACAGCCUGGAGUGCGACGAAAGUAUGUCGAUGACAACUCUGUGCUAUCGCUGAAACAGAAGAUUAGCAGAAGAGAAGAAAUCCAGCUCAGCCUUAUCAACUACCGGAAGGGAGGGCAGCCUUUCAUGAACUUGUUGACUAUGAUACCUGUAGCAUGGGAUACUAGGGAGUACAAGUAUUAUGUAGGAUUCCAGGUGGAUUUGGUGGAACAACCAAACUCUGUGGCAGGGAAGAAUCCAGAUGGCACAUACGCGAUCAAUUAUCAACGGAAUCAACUACCACCUUAUGUCUUGAAGACACCAGAUACGAACACGUUACAGGGUGACAUUGGUCAGACGAUUGGACGUGAUGAGGUCUCGGCUGUACUCAGCACGAUUGGUUCGGGCGAAUCGGAGCUCUCGAAACGAAUCUGGGACAAGGUCCUUCUUGAGAAUACUGACGACGUAGUGCAUGUUCUGUCGCUCAAAGGACUUUUCUUGUACCUCUCUCCGGCCAGUCGCAAAGUCCUGGAAUACGAUGCGAGUGAGCUGGUGGGCACAGCCUUGUCGUCUGUUUGCCAUCCCAGCGAUAUCGUACCGGUGACACGUGAAUUGAAAGACACCUCGAGUGGUGCCAGCGUCAAUGUCGUGUUCCGCAUCCGCAGGAAGCAUAGUGGUUACACCUGGUUCGAGAGUCAUGGUUGUCUGCACACGGAACAAGGUAAAGGCCGAAAAUGUAUCAUUAUGGUGGGUAGAGAAAGACCAGUGUAUGCGACCAGCAGGACUGAAGUCACUGCGAACGGAGGAAUCGGUGACAGCGAAUUAUGGAGCAAGAUGUCCACUUCGGGCAUGUUCCUUUUCGUGUCUACGAAUUGCCGGGCGCUCCUCGACCGUUCACCGGCCGAAUUGGUUGGGACCAGCAUCCAGGCAAUGAUGCGAGCAGAGGCCAAAAAGGAAUUUACUCGUGUGCUAGAGCUUGCACGAACAGGAAAGAAGUCCACCACCUUCAAACAUGAGAUGCAAAAUCGAAGAGGACAAGUGCUGCAGGCACAAACCACCAUCUAUCCCGGAGAUGCUGAAGAAGGCAGCAAGCCAACUUUUCUGGUCGCUCAAACUCGAUUCCUGAAAAUGUCCCGAUCCACCCUUCCGACGUCGCGGCCAAGUAUUGCUCCUUCACCACGAACCGACCAGGCCUCGGUUGGUUCCACCACCUCGUCAACCAACGUGACCCCACCGCCCACCACCACCACCGCACACACACCAUCUCGACCACCCAUCACACCUCAGUCAUCCCAAACACCAUUACAGACCCCCGGUUUUGACAGCGGCGUCACUUCUCAAACCAGCGCUGGCCUCUGUAUCGGGAACCAAGCCGAGGCUCUGGCAUCCGACGACAACAUUUUCGACGAACUAAAAACCACCCGAAGCACCAGCUGGCAAUUCGAGCUACGUCAGAUGGAAAAGCAAAAUCGGAUCCUCAUCGAAGAACUGCAGGGCCUACUGAGCCGAAGAAAGAAGAGGAAGAGGAGGAAAGGAUUUGGGCAGAUGGAGAAGGACUGCGCGAAUUGUCAUACCAGAGUUACCCCGGAGUGGAGAAGAGGCCCGAGCGGACGGCGUGACCUGUGUAACAGCUGUGGGCUGAGGUGGGCGAAACAGAGCGGUCGUGUCUCACCCCGCAAGACGUCAGGAGAUCAGGGUGAAAAGUCGUCAAACUCUCCUCUUCGCACCUCGCCGCCAGAAGCUGGAUUGAAGUCGCCUCACCAUCAUCAACAACAACAACAACAACCACAACAACCACCAGCUGCGGGCGGAGGAUCAACUACAAUGCAUGCGCUGAAGAAGAUGCCGAAACUCGAACCAGCAACGUCCGGGGGAAGCUUACCCCCCAGGAUCGAUGAAGGCACGGAACCACCACAUAGUGAUAUCUUACCGACUUGA